AUGAGUGGUAAAUUUGUGAGAGCUUCAAAAUAUCGUCAUGUUUAUGGUCAACCUUCCAAAAAGGAAUUAUGUUAUGAAAACUUAAAGAUUACUAAAAAUGCUUGGGAUUCAAACAUUAUUCAUUCAAAUGGGAAAUAUUUAUCUGUAAAUUGGGAUGCUUCCGGUGGUGGUGCAUUUGCAAUCAUUCCAGUUAAUGAAGUUGGUAAAGCACCGGAUACAGUUCCAUUGUUUAGAGGUCAUAAAGGUCCAGUAUUAGAUACUGCUUUUAACGAUUUCAAUAAACAAGAAGUUGCUUCCUGCUCGGAAGAUGGAAAGAUCUUAAUUUGGGAAAUCCCUCUGGAUUAUUCAUUUCAUAAAUAUGUUGAUGAGGAUGAUAAUAUUAAGGAUAUUACAGAACCAAAGAAAAUCUUAAGUGGUCAUACUAGAAAAGUUGGACUUGUUGCUUAUCAUCCAUGUGCUUCCAAUAUCCUUGCUUCUUCUUCUUUAGAUUAUUCUGUUAAGAUUUGGAAUACUGAAACAGGAAAAGAUGAAAUCACCUUACAACAUAAAGAUUUAGUCACUUCAUUUGCUUUCAAUUAUAAUGGAUCUUUAUUAGCAACUACUUCUAGAGACAAGAAAUUAAGAGUUUGGGAUAUUAGAUCAGGUAAAAUAAUCUCAGAAGGUCCUGGCCAUACUGGUGCUAAACCUUCAAGAGUCACUUGGUUAGGUAAUACUGAUCGUAUUGUAACUACCGGGUUUUCUCGUUUAUCCGAUAGACAAAUUGGGAUUUGGGAUAUUCAUGCCAUUGAACGUGGACCAAUUGAAGGAUUUUUCCAAAUUGAUGCUUCUUCGGGUGUAUUAAUUCCUUAUUUCGAUUCUCAAACUUCAAUUCUUUAUCUUGCAGGUAAAGGUGAUGGGAAUAUUCGUUAUUAUGAAUAUGAAAAUGAUAAUUUAUUUGAAAUUUCUCAAUUUUCUUCAACUGAUCCACAACGUGGAUUUGCAGUUGGUCCAAAACAUUCAGUUAAUGUUCAUGAAAAUGAAAUUACCAGAGCCUAUAAAACAGUAUUUGAUAACUCGAUUGAAGCAAUUUCUUUUAUUGUUCCUAGAAGAUCAGAAUUAUUCCAAGCUGAUAUCUAUCCUGAUUGUCCAUCUACUCAACCUGCCCUUACUGCUGAUGAAUGGCUUAGUGGGAAAGAAGUUAAUGGUCCAUUAUUAAUGAGCAUGGAAGCUAUCUUUGAUGGAACUGAACCACAAGUUCAUGAAUCCAAACCGGUUGUCAAGGUUGCUGAAGCUAAACAAGAAGCAGAACAAAAGGAAAAAGAACAACAAGAAAAAGAAAAACUUGAAAAAGAAGAAUCCACUCCAAAACCAGAAGCUACGCAACAAACUCCACCUUCUAGAACAGGUACACCUGGUGGAAAUGUUGAUGAUUUGUUAAAGUCUUCAAGCAAAGUUAAUAGUUUGCUUAAUAAAGUGGUUGAUGCUUCCGAUGACGAAGAGGCGGGUCAUGAAGGUGAUGAUAAGGAUGAUGAUAGUUGGGAAGAGGUGAAGAAAUCGGAUGUGAAGUCGAUCCCUUCUCCAAAGAAGGAAGAACCUAAGGUUGAAGAACCAAAAGUGGAGGAACCAAAGCAAGAGCCAAAGGAAGAAGCUAAAGCUGAAGAACCAAANCAACCUAAGGUUGAAGAAGCAAAGGUUGAACAACCAAAGGAAGAACCAAAAUUACAACUGCCAAAGCAAGCAACUCCAACUGUCGAAUCUACCGAAUCAUCUCCAGCAUCUGCCCAACAGCCUAAAGCUUCUGCUAAGCCAACUUUAGCUUCCACUAUUGAGAAAUUAGCUGGACUCGUUGAGAAUUUAGAAGCACAAGUCCAAAAAUUGACUCAAGCUGGUUUAGAAAAGGAUGAAAGAUUACAAGCUUUGGAAUCAAAGAUUGAUGAAUUCUUGAAUAAGAAUUAA